UGACAGAAGCAGGCGCGCUUUCGAUGUGCUUGGCCUUUGCAAAGGAGCCGAUGGAGGUGAAAUCAGGAUCCUGUGGGACUGUGAUAAGGAACGCAGAGAUGAAGAUUGUAGACCCAGAGACAGGGGCCUCUCUUCCUCACAAUCAGGCCGGUGAGAUCUGCAUUAGAGGUGCCCAAAUCAUGAAAGGUUAUCUGAAUGACGAGGAGGCGACGGCAAGGACGAUAGACAAGGACGGGUGGCUGCACAGCGGAGACAUCGGGUACGUGGAUGAAGAUGAGGAGCUCUUCAUAGUCGACCGUCUCAAGGAGCUGAUCAAGUACAAAGGCUUUCAGGUGGCCCCUGCCGAGCUGGCCCUUCUUCUCACCCACCCCGCCGUCGUCGAUGCCGCCGUCGUCCCGAUGGAGGACGAGCUAGCAGGAGAGAUUCCGGUGGCAUUCGUCGUCAAAUCCCACGGCUCCGACGUCUUCGAGGAUGAUCUCAAGGCUUUUGUCGCCAAACAGGUGGUGUUCUACAAAAAGAUACACAAGGUUUUCGUUCUACAGACGAUCCCGUCGGGGAAGAUUCUAAGGAAAGAUUUGAAAGCCAAGUUGGCCGCUUUGUCUACAAACUAACUUAUUUUGCAGUUUCCACCUUUUCUGAGAUCAAAAGCCAGAAAGAUUAUGUGCGCAGUUUAUGACCAUAUUAAGAGCCUUUGCGUUUCAUAUCUGCAAGAUGUAUACUCUAAACAACAUGUAAUAUG